AUUUGGUAGAAAGAAAACUUUAUUAUUAAAAACGUAUUAGAAACAAAUUUAACUUGUAAACUUUACGGUACCAUUGCUAUUGUUUAUCAAAACAAAUGCAGUUUGAAAUGGCUAAAACUCAUCUUCACUUUUUGAGGACUAUAAAAUCCCAUUAAAGAUAAAAUGUACAAACUGACACUUACAAAACUACUGAUAGUUGUUGCUUUAUUGCACUUCACAAUGGCUAAAAAACGGAGCUCAGUCGCAAAAGCUUUUCAAGCUAAUAUGGGAAAAAUAGGACAGAAUGCAAAAAAAUUUGUCAGUAAUGUUGGUGACAAAGCUGAUAACUUUAUGAAAAAAGUAAAUGAAUUUAUCAUACCAUCGGAUGAAAAUGCUCCGGCAAUAGCAGAGGCCAUUACAAGUGUUGGCGAUGGGGCAGUAAAACUAGUUGAAGGAAUAAUUAAUGGUAAAUGGCAAGAUAUGAUUGUUGGUGCUCUUGGUGUGGUUGGUGGUUUAGCUUCGUUAGCAGGUCCGGUUGGUGCUGUCCUCUCAUCUAUUUUGAGUGUGUUCUCAAUGUUGUUUGGAUUGUUUGCAGAAGAAAAAAAGGCUGAAGAAAGUCAGGAAUCAAUGUUAAAAAGGGUAAUUAAUGAAGCCUUAAAGAAUGCACGUGCUGAGGAGCUUAAAGCAGAUGCUGAAGGUUUGAAAAAAGUGAUGUUAUCUAUUCGUAAUUCAAUUAACCAAUUUCGUGAAUCUGGCGUAACUAAAGAGCAAGCUACUGAAAUGUAUACUCAAAUUUUCACGGGUUUAAAAUUCUUUGGCCAGUUGAAGUAUGAGAUAAAUAAAUUCUGUGAUUGUUCAGUGGAUGUAAAUAAAUUUGAUGAUAAAAAGCGAGAUGAAAAAAUAAAAGAUUCUGAGAAAUGCUUGCAAUUUCUUAAUCUGUACUCUGAUCUCUCCAUAUAUAGACUGUUGCUUAUUGCAGACAUGGCUAGUCUUUUUAAUUCAAUUGAAGAUCCUGAGGGAGUUGGAUUAGACAAAACCAUUUUAUUAUUGAGCGAAAAAGAAAGAGCUUCAGAUGCUGAAAUUCUUGCAUUUUUAUUUGAUCCAAUUAAUAAUAUUCGCCAAAGAUUUUGUAUCAGUCUAUAUCAUGGUGCCCCAAAUAAAUAUCCCACAAUUAUGGCUUAUACUGAUGUAUUAAAAAAAAAAGAAAUGAAAUCUUCUAAAGAUGUUACUAUUUGUAGUGAAAAGGAAUUACUUGGGGUAUGUCACAAUUUAAAUGUUACAGAAAAAAAAGAAUAUAAGACUAUUGAAGAUUUGCAUGGAUGGGGUGAUAAAAUAAAAUCAAUUUAUGUUCCAGAGCACUUAACAGUGAGUGGAUUUUCUAGAGCAUAUUUUAAAGAGCCAAAUUUUGGUUGGUAUACUGGACCAACUGUAAUUGGGACUGUGCCACAUAACCGUGAUGGAAAGUGGAACUCAUUUAAAGUUGAUCCAACACCAACAUUAGCACAUCAAAUGAUUCGUUUAUGUUUGAAACAAAACUUUGAACAGAAUGGGUUUUGUCAUCAGUUGGAGCCAUAUACUAAUGCUGGACAUUCUGCAAAUUUGAGGUUAAUCAGUGUUGAAACAUUUGAAAAGAAAGUAGAGUCUGUAAUGAUUCCAGAAGGAUUACAAGCAGAGUUUUUUUCUGAAAUUAAUCAAGGAGGUACUAAAUAUGGUCCGUUUUAUGGCCCUAAUUCAAUCGAUAAUUUUUGUAUAAAAGACAAAGUUGUUUCCAUAAGGAUAUUAUACAGUCAAAAAGAAGUUUCACAAAUGGUAAAGAUUUGCAAAGGAGAAUCUUUUUCUCAUCAGUGUGAAUAUCUGGAUAAGGGCGCUUAUCCGUCAUUGACAAUAAAUGGAUGCGAUUAUACUAACAAGGAUGAAAAGAUAAAAAGUAUGAUUGUACCAGCAGGUCUGAAGGUCUUAAUGUGGACAGAAAAAAAUUGUCAAGGAAUGGAUUUAGGACCCUACGUUGGGCCAUUGUCUCUGUCAGCUAUCGAAGGAGUAGGCAGCAAGUUAAAAGUUAUGUCAUUAAUAGUUAAAGACACAGAAGAUACAUCAGUUACAGAGUGUAAAGCAGUUUGAUAAAAAACUCGUUUUAGAUUUUCACUAAUUAAAUUUAAAAAUUUUAUUGUAUUAAAAUAUUAUUUAUUUACAAAGACCGCUUUUUUU